AUGGACUCCGUCCGCGCGUUUAACACGCCCACAGUGGUCCUUAUCACUAGCACGCUCAUUCUAACGACCUUCUUACUUUACAGGUGGCUUUUGCCCAAGCCUAUCCCGGGGAUCCCAUUCAACCCAGAGGCGACAAAAUCUAUAUUUGGUGACAUCCCAUCCUUGAUCAAUCACCUGAAGACACAUAAGACCAUAAGCGAUUGGAUUCUGAGUCACAACACCAGACACGACUCUCCUAUCGUACAGGCCUUUGCUAACCUGUUCGGGAAGCCAUGGGUCAUCAUUAGCGAUUAUCGCGAAGCUCAGGAUAUUCUGAUGCGGCGUACCAAGGAGUUCGAUAAGCCGGACGCGCUCAGCGACAUUUUUUUCAGCAUUGUUCCAGAUCAUCACGCAGUGCAGGCAACAAAUGAUGCAUAUCGAUCCCAGCGAAAGCUGCUGCAGGAUCUGAUGACUCCGAGCUUCCUUCAUGGAGUUACUGCAUCCAAACUGCAUAACAAUUUCAUGGACCUAAUCAAGCUGUGGACGGAGAAAAUGCGGCUUAGCAAAGGCCGCUCGUUCUCCGUAAAGAACGAUGUGUACGAUACCGCUUUAGGGGCGAUCUGGGCUACUGUCUUCGGCAUCGCGGAAACCACUACUAUUACGCGCAAUCAAAUCAACUUGUUGUCUCCAAUGAAAGGUACCCCACUGCCAUCGGCGGUGGAUGAGGCAGUCGACUUUCCUCGGGCACCAACCCCAAUGGUCUUUGACGCAAUUCUGAGACUUACGGAUAGCCUGGAGUAUGUGCUAAAGUCACCAUUUCCAAGGCUCACGGGGCGUUUUAUGCGCUAUAUGCCCUCUAUUCGCACAUGGAUCAAACUAAAGGACGACGUUAUCAAUGCUCAAAUUUCCACAGCUGAGAAAAGAAUGGCCCACACAAAGGACAAUGGGGACCGAUUUUCGAAUGGAGUUGAUCAUAUGCUGCGCAGAGAGUUGAUGGCGGCAGAACGACAGAAACGAAUGCCCGACUAUCACUCAAACGUCAUGGUUGCAGAGCUCUUCGGAUUACUCAUCGCAGGACACGAUACAACAUCGACAACGCUUCUAUGGGCUAUGAAGCUCCUCGCAGCGGAUCAGGUCGUUCAAAGUAAGCUUCGCUCGGCACUUCAGUCAGGUUUUGCCGCUGCGUAUUCGGAAGAUAGAGUUCCAAACGCGCAAGAGAUUGUGACGACACAAAGUCAUUACCUAGAUGCAUGCAUUGAAGAGAUCCUACGCUGCGCCCAAACCGCCAUCAUUCCAUCGCGGAAUGCAGUCACAGAUGCCGUCGUUCUUGGGCAUGUUAUACCAAAAGGAACCAGGGUUAUGAUGUGUGGCAACGGUGGAGGCAUUCUAACCCCAUCCUUCGAGAUUGAUAGCGCCCUACGAAGCAAGUCUUAUCACAACGCGGACGGCGGGAAAGUCGGUAUCUGGGACUCGGAGGGAAUAAAAAAAUUCAAGCCCGAUCGAUGGCUGCAGUACGAUCAAGCGACAGACUGUACAAUAUUCAACGCAGCAGCCGGACCACACUUGCUUUUUGGAGCGGGGCCGAGGUCUUGUUUCGGACGGAGGCUAGCGCAUCUGGAACUCAGGCUUGCAAUUGUUUUGAUUCUUUGGUCAUUCGAGUUGCAACCAGUACCAGAGAGGUACGGAAGCUGGGAAGCGAUGGAGCAGCUCACGCACUCACCAAUUCAGUGCUAUGUGAAGCUUAUCGAGGCACAAAACAAGCUAGAAUUUCACAACCACCUUUUCCUUCUUCAUCGACUCCAACCUCGACAUCCCUACGGCAUCGAAGUCGGCGCGCCAAAAGGUAUCAUCGCACGCAUGCUCCUCUUCGUCAACGAAUACCAGCACGGCAAAUACGUUUUGCAGACGCGCUUCCCGGUUCCUUUUGGUAUACUUAGUAGGAGGGGUAAGGAUGUAUUGAGUGUGGCCGUGUGGGCGCAGAGUAAGGCUGGUGCGAGCAUCUCCCAGACGGACACAGAUACUACUAUGAGCGAGAGAGUAACGCCCCGAACAAAGAGCCGCAUAGUAUCAUACUGUGAGAUCAGCAGCGAUGGAGAUAGCAAUGACGGCCUCGAGACAAGUGACGACGAGGACGACAGUGACCUCUACCACGAUGACAGUAGUAGGACAGACGAAGAGGAUGACGAUGCUUCUAUGAGCAACAACCAGGAGCUUGAGAACAACCAAGAAGGUUCAGCAAGCGGAUACCCAGACACAGGUCGAGACAUUACCCAAGCGCCAAUGCCCUAUUCACACUCUCGCAAAGAACACCGAUCAUUUUUCAUAAUCACGCGAGCGCCCCCGAAGAACAACGUGCCACCAACCAUCACUACCAAUGUGUUUUGCACGGUCUCUGGCGAACCUAACGACCCGAUACCAAUCCCUACCUUCGAGCUGUUUGACGUCGCCGCAACCAACGAAAAGAUUGUACAAGACAUUAAUAUAAUCGCGCCAUUGUUUUCUCCUGAUGACCCGCUUAUACACCAGUUCAUCAUGCGGAUUCAGAAACGACCUUUUGUUGCUUACACUACGCCGAAGAAAGAAGCGUCUCCUACAACAUGGACAAGCACUGAUCCGGUCAUGGAUGCAUGGUGGCUAAAGGUCGUAAACGAGGAACCACGACCACGCACUACUCCAGAUUGGCUACCAGCGGAUCAAUCAGCACGAGUCAAACCAACUGGCGAUCUAAACUCGCCCUUUAUGGUUAUUACUGGUUACCCUCUAGUAUCUGCUAUACAUCCGUCGUAUGCUACAGUAGACGACCUCUCAUAA